AUGCUGCGGGACUUUGGGGUCAAGGUCACCGGCGUUGACUUUUCGCAAGAGGUGAUCAAUGCCAAUCGACUCCGCCAUCCGGAGAUCCAGUGGGAAUGUGUGGAUGCACUCAAUUUGGCCAGACAUUUCGAGCCAAACUAUUUCGAUGCCAUCGUUGGGAAGACGCUGAUCGAUUGCUUCAUGACGAGGACCGAUGCCGCUGGCUCGAUCCGACAGCUCAUGCAACAGUGCCACACGGUUCUGAAGGAUCAUGGUUGUGUGAUGCUCUUGGACAAGGCGUGCGCCGAGAGCAUCAUCGGCCGGGGGAAGGCGCGGCAGAUCACGGUGGAGAUGCACAAGACCAUGACCUUCAGAAUACUCCACGUCAUCCCAAGGCGCGGACAGUCCAUCAUUCGUGCUCCUUGCCAGAGGCAAUGGGAGCUCGAGAUCGAGCCUAGUUUGCAAAAGCACUUUGUAGUGCGCCCAGCUGCAGCAGGCAGCGGGUCGUUGCAGGUGUGGUCGACGGACAAUGUGGCCAACAUGGCGGGAGUUGAAACCGGAGACAUUGUCCUAGGCUACCGCAAAAGCGGUUGCAAGACGAUGUCUGUGGGCAGCGCCACUGAGACGGCCCGAGCGAUCCGGACGUCCAACAAGAAGCUCACCCUUCUGAUGGAGCGGCCAGCCGCUGGUGCGAGCCGCCGGAAGACCGUCUCGUUGAAGACGAGGCUGAUGUCCCGGCAAUCUACCUCUCAGUCAGAUUCUUGGAGGGAAUCCUGGCAGUUGUGA